AUGAAGAUCCUAUUCUGGCACAGUGCAGGGAUGCAACCCUUUAGAAGGAAAAGACUCCAUUCGAGCUGGGAAGGCAUGAUGAAGAGCAGCAAUCCAGAGCUACGACACCAGUACUUGCAAGUUGAAUUCAUCGGCUAUGGCAUCUACUAUCGAAAUAGAGUAACUUUAACUCUCAAAGGUCAAGCGAUGGAGAUUGAGAAUAUUCUUAAAGUUUUUACAUCCAUCGAUUUCUCCUUCAACAACUUUCAAGAAGAGAUACCAGAGGUAUUGGGAGAUCUCAAAUUGCUGUACCUUCUUAACUUCUCACACAAUGCAUUGACAGGAAGGAUACCAAAGGCCCUUGGAAAGUUGACUCAGCUUGGAUCCUUAGAUCUUUCGGUAAACAAAUUAAGUGGGAGAAUUCCAGACGAGCUUCCAAGUCUCACAUUUCUUGCUUUCUUGAACCUAUCUUUCAAUCAACUUUCCAGUACGAUUCUAAGAGGCAACCAACUUCAGACAUUCUCAGCAAAUUCCUUUGAAGGGAACUCAGGGCUGUGCGAUUUUCCUUUAAAGAAAACCUGCAGUGGCACCACAGGGGCUGGAUCAUCACAAUUUCCUAGCAGACAUUCUGAACAUGAAACAGUAGAUGGGAAAUAUAUAAGUUUUGCCUUGAGAUCUUCUGUGGCCUUUGGCAUCGUAACCUGGCUGCUUUUGCUUAGCCAAAAAUAUAAUGAGCUUAUCGAUAGACUUCUUUUCAGAAUAUUGGGUCAGCAAAAAAAGAGUGGCAGGAAUAAAAACCAGAGAAGGUCAAGGCGUGUCGUUAGUGUUUGA